AUGGAUGGCAAGGCAGCACCCAACGGCGUGGCCACCAUCGAGGACAGGAUCUUACGCAUCACGGGCUACUAUGGAUAUUACCCGGGAUACUCCAGCCAGAAAAGUGUCUCACGAUCAUCUGUCAUCCAAUGCAAGCCAGGAGGCAACUGCCCCAGCACACACAGAGGCAUGACUAGGCAGCUCUCCCCUUUAUCUGUUGCUGAAGAUUCUGCUGCUCCCAUUCUUGAGCUGCAGAAUCGAAGUCCCUCGGGCAUCUAUCGUCACAGCAGAGUCGAGAGGCAGAGCAGAUCAGGAGAGGAAGGAACACAAACACACACAGAGAGCAGCAGCCAAGAAACUGAGGGACAGACACGAUGUCAGUCUUGCACGUCCACAUUUCUUAAGCUUAUCUGGAGAUUUCUGAUCAUUUUGUCUGUCUCUUCCUCCUGGGUUGGGACCACGCAGUUUGUCAAAAUCACAUACGAGACCUUUGACUGUCCCUUUUUCAUGACUUGGUUCUCAACAAACUGGAAUAUUAUGAUUUUCCCCAUUUAUUAUUCUGGGCACCUUGCAACUGCACAGGAAAAGCAGUCUCCAAUCAAAAAAUUCAGGGAAUGCAGUCGGAUUUUUGGUGAAGAUGGUCUGACGCUGAAACUGUUUCUUAAAAGGACUGCUCCCUUUUCUAUUCUGUGGACUUUGACUAACUACCUGUAUUUACUGGCUUUAAAGAAGCUGACAGCCACAGACGUCUCUGCCCUAUUCUGUUGUAACAAAGCUUUUGUCUUCUUGCUUUCUUGGAUUGUGCUGAAAGACAGGUUCAUGGGAGCAAGGAUAGUUGCAGCAAUAAUGGCAAUCACAGGCAUUGUAAUGAUGGCGUAUGCAGAUGGUUUCCAGGGCGAUUCAAUUAUCGGGGUAGCAUAUGCUGUCGGAUCAGCCUCUACAUCGGCAUUGUAUAAGGUUUUGUUCAAAAUGUUCCUUGGCAGUGCGAACUUUGGGGAAGCUGCUCAUUUUGUUUCUACUCUGGGCUUCUUCAAUUUAAUUUUCAUCUCUGUCACCCCCAUCAUCCUCUAUUUUACAAAAGUGGAGUACUGGUCCCCCUUCUCUGCUGUGCCAUGGGGUUACCUGUGCGGAGUAGCCGGCCUCUGGUUAGCUUUUAACAUUUUGGUUAAUGUUGGCGUCGUGCUUACGUACCCCAUUCUGAUCUCUAUCGGCACAGUGCUCAGCGUUCCUGGAAAUGCAGCUGUGGAUCUCUUGAAGCACAAGAUGAUCUUCAGUGUGGUGAGGCUGGGGGCCACCAUCAUCAUUUGCAUUGGGUUUCUGCUGAUGCUGCUCCCUGAAGAAUGGGAUGAAAUAACGCUGCGGUUCAUCAACAGCUUAAAAGAGAAGAAGAGUGAGGAUCACACUGACGACAUCACGGACUCCAGCAUGCACACGAGAAGCAGAAGUAGAGCUAAUGGGACAGUGUCUAUACCACUAGCUUAG